GAAAAUUUGAGGGCAAUUUGUUUUUCUGAAUUGUAGCAGAGACAAGAGCAGUCCACGGCCCACGGCCCACGGCCCACCCACACCCGACGGCCGACAGGCCCGAGAUUAACUCGCCGACCUCACUCCUUGUCGUCCUCACUCCAUGUCUCAUCGGCGUCAAAAAAAAUCGCACUCACAGAACUCGCUAGCUCUCCCCCCGCCCCCCUCCCACGGCCGUCGACCGGACCCCCGCUCUCCUGCCUCGCCGCCGAUGGCCUGGACGACAACCUCCUCCGUCCUCUUCGUUCAGGCAACCGGAAGCCAAUGGAAGGCCAGGGCACCCAGCGGGAGGGGCAAAAGGAGGUGGAUGGGCAGUCCCCGUCUCCACUGGAUCCGCAGCCGCGGCCACCCGUCUUCGCCACUGGGGCCUCCCCGGCUUUGGGUCUUCUUCACUCGGCGGAAUCCGAGCGGGGGAUGAGGGUGCUGGAGGUCGACAUGGGGGCGCUGAAUCGGGGGCUGGAGAAGGCCAUCGCCAGCGCCAGGCUGUCAGGCCGGCCGGCUGGAGACGUCGGCCUCGUCGCAGCUGCCGCCGCCGGUGCCGGCAUUGCAAGUCCCGCAAUCAGCAGUUGCUGAUGAGUGGAUACAAGUUUGGCGCUAAGUUUAUUUCUAAUUCUGUUCAUGGAACAAGAAAUUGG